CUCAGCCUGAAGUAAACAACACUUUGAGAGCGGCAGCUAGCGAUGGUUGGACAGUCCCACUUCCCUGAGUAAAAAAAAGACGAAAUGGCAAAGAAAAUGGACUUCUUCAGAGAUUUAUGGCUGUGAUUAAGUUACACAAAGUCAUCGCUACACUCCAUCCUUAGAUCGGGAUCUCUAUCUUCAGUCAUGUCGUCACGUGUGUUGCUGCGGCAGCAGCUGAUGCGAGAACAGGCCCAGGAGCAGGAGAGACGUGAGGCCCAGCAGCAGGCCUCUGCCUCUCAGCUCAGGGCCUCUGACUCCACUCCAGCUAUCUCUGUCACAUUGCCCCCAAAUGCUGCCCGUCCACCUCCAGCACAGGUGCCUGUGGAAGUGCUCAAGGUGCAGACCCACCUGGAAAACCCCACCAAGUACCACAUCCAGCAGGCACAGAGGCAGCAGGUGAAGCAGUACCUGUCCACCACUCUGGGCAACAAGGUGGUUACCCAGACCCUUGGAGUGUCCCCGGUGCCACAGUCCAGCUCUGCCCCUGAGGUCGCCCCUACAGCCAGCAGUGCUCCCAACAGCCCCAUGGCUCUGCUUAACAUCGGAUCCAACAAGGAGGAAAUUGACGAUGUGAUCGACGACAUCAUUAGUCUUGAAUCAAGUUUUAAUGACGACAUUAUGACUUUGAUUGACUCAGGCCUUCAGUUACCUAGCACGCUCCCAGGAAAUCUCUUGGAUGUAUACCAUAGCCCAGCAAUGGCAGCACCGACUCUUACUGUCAGCAACUCCUGUCCUGCUGAUCUUCCAAACAUUAAAAGGGAAAUCACUGAUGCAGAUGCCAAAGCUAUUAUGAAAGAAAGACAGAAGAAAGACAACCAUAACCUCAUUGAGAGGAGGCGGAGAUUCAACAUCAACGACCGUAUAAAGGAGCUGGGGGCUCUUAUACCCAAGUCAAAUGACCCGGAGAUGCGUUGGAAUAAAGGGACCAUUCUGAAAGCCUCUGUUGACUACAUUAGGAAGUUACAGAAGGAGCAACAGAGAACCAAGGAGAUAGAGAUGCGUCAGAAGAAGCUGGAGCAUGCAAACCACAGUCUCAUGCUACGCAUCCAGGAGCUGGAGAUGCAGGCGCGGCUCCACGGCAUCUCCACACCCACCACCAUGUCAUCUGGCCUGAGCUCAGAUCCCUCCCUGCUCCAGCAGCAUCCCGCCCCUCAGAGUGGCCAGCCUCUGCCUCCAAGCGCAGCAGGAGCCUCCUCCCAGAACCUCCUCAACAUGGGGGCCACAGCCAUGGGACAGUCCGUCCCCGCCUCCUUCCUCUCCCCGCCCUCCUCAGACUCCCCGGCAGGCGUCACCAUCAGCAGCCCUCUGGACCUGGGCAGCCUGAGCUUCGCCGAGCUGGACGAUGCCUCGGCGCUCUACCCAGACGUGGGACUGGGCGACAUUCUCAUGGACGAGGGAUGCACCCUAUCUCCAGAGAGGGUGGCUGAGCCCCUGUUUUCUCCUUUGUCACCAGGUGCCUCUAAAAACAGCAGUCGCAGGAGCAGCCUUGAUAUGGAUGAGGACUUGUGACAAGCUCAGUGUGGCGGUCAAACAACCAGAGAGAGACUCGGGGGUUCACCCCUUAGGGACAAGAAUGUCAGGGAGAAUCCAGGCUGUCCUCACAGAAGCAAGAGCCUCUUCAGAGGACUGUAGAAUUUAACUUAGACAACAAGUAGCCAGCAAUAGGAUCAAACUAACAUGAACGCUGCAUCAGGAGAAAGCAAAUUCCUCUUUUUUUUUUUCCUUGUCAUACAUAGGCCUAAUUGUUAUUGUUCCUAUUUGGAGCUGCUCAGAUGAGUAUUGUCUGGGCUAAAUGCAAUCUUUUUUAAAUGGAAUGUUGUACAAAAGGGGCAUGGGCUUAGCAAUAAGAAAUUAAUAAGUACUUACUAAAUCCUUUUCACGUUUUCCAGUAGAGGUUUAAGAGGGAUAUAAAGUUGGCUUGAAUUAUUAUGACCUUACUUUUAGGGAAGAAAGCUGUGAGCGUUCUUUUUGACAACAACGUUGGCAUGACAAACUGGUUCAUGGAUGCCAAGAUUACAGUUUGACGUUUUCUUUUUGUUUUUGUUUGUUUGUUUUUUUUAUUAUUAUUAUUUUCAACUGACUGGAAUCAGGGUUUUAUUAGAACAAGCGCAUGCUCAUUCUCAUAGGGUUUGUCUCACCAGCAGCUACCAAAGGGAUAUCUAUAAAGUGAAUUGGCAAAUUGUGAAAUAUUUACUGCAUUUUGUACAUAAGAAUAUUUUACUUUGAGCAGUUUUAUUGCACCUUAUUUUAUGGCAGUCUAUGCAUUUUUAUGAAAGCUUUUGUCCAUUUUGUUACCAUUACAACACAGUCAGCAGCUGACACCCAGGUUGCAUGUAUAUUUAAUAAAUCUAAAAAAAGAUGAAAAUCACUUGCUGCUGCAGCUAGGUAGCCAAAGCAGGACUUCUUCCAGAGUAGCCAGAAAUAUACAAAUCAGCGUUUUAUUUUUUAAUAUAUUCACCGAGUUAAUAAAAAUGCAGGAAGAUAUGACAAAUGCAGAUUAAUGACACCCUUUCAUAAUAGUACUGUAGUUCAUUAGAUUUCUUUUUUUUCUUUUUUUUUUUUUUUUUGAUACCACAAUAAUAGUUACCCCUAACUAACCUGUAUUGUCAGUGACCGUGUCUGUAUAUUAACCAUGUUGAUUGCUGGGUGAUUUUCCUGGUUAGCAUGUUCUACCAAGAUUGUGACUUUUUCUUUUUUUUAAAUCUUUGAUCAACAGUGAUAUAUAUAUGAAUGGAUUAUUGCUCAUUGUAGUAAGAAUUCAGAGGGCUUUGACCUUCUUUUAAAGCAACCACUAUCCUCACCUCUUUAAUAUUAAAGUAUAACUGUUUGUUUCGUGAAACCUUAUACAAUGCAAAUAUUCUCUACGACAGCCACAAACUUUUAGAAUGGCAUUGAAUUUGUUUGGAUGUGCAACUCAACUUUUAUGUACAGUUGAUUUAAUGAAUGUGUGUUUCAAAAAGUACUUGCAUAUUUGUGUGUGUGUGUGUGUGCGUGUGUGUGUGCGUGUGUGUGUGCGCGUGUGUGUUGUUGUUUUAAGCACAGACAUACUGUAUUUGUAUACCAAUUAGAUUUUAUUUCUGCCAACAAGAAAAAAAAUCGUUCUGAAGUUGUGGCACGCUUGAAAGUGGAUUCUGAGCUGUGGGAAAAAAACAACUGAAUCAAGGCAGCCGAGUUUGCUUGUUUUGAUGCAGCAACAAUGUGCAUUAGAUGUGAGUUUUGACAGAUAUUGACCGGGCACUCAAGAAAAUCCAACCAUUUCAAAGUGUCCCCUUCUAUUUAUCAUCAACUUUGAUGCACUUUGCUGAUUGCAGUUCUAUGCCAGUCGAUGCUGCAAGGUAUUCCCUACUUUCAACCAACUGUAAAAUGGGUUUGUCCCGCUAAUUGUUUUUCCUUGUCCCAUAAAAUUGAGUACCUAUGGUCAGCUUUUUCCACUCGCACUGAAUUGCACUCCACAAUAUUAACCAUCUCGUAUUCUGACAUAUUUAUUGAGUGCUAAUGUGGACUGUUCAUCAUAGGCAUCCUUAGGCUUCUUCAGGUAACAGUUUUGUCUUGUCCCUUCAAGUUGGCUUUUAGCAAUUUUUAAGAAAUAAAUGAUUAGCUAUCUA